AUGACGGAACAGAAGAACAUUAUUGACCCCAGAACUGGAUUUUGCCCGGAAACAAAGAUUUACCACAGCCUCCGGCCGCCAGUUACGUUACCGCCGGCUUCUCAACCGCUUUCGAUUGCCGAAUACACUCUGUCCCUCCUCCAGAGCACCAUCUCCGCCCCGGAUUCCACCACCAAUCUCGCCACCCCGUUCCUCAUAGACGCCGCCACCGGCGAGCACCUCACCUACGCCACCUUACUCACCCAAAUCCGCUCUCUUUCUGUCUCAAUCCAAUCCCAGUUCCCGUCGAUUGCCAAAAACGAUGUCGCUUUCAUCCUCGCCCCACCGUCGCUUCACAUCCCUGUUCUGUAUCUCUCCCUUCUCUCUCUCGGAAUCACCGUCUCUCCGGCGAACCCGCUCUCCACCAACGCCGAGCUGGCCCACUUGCUUCGCCUCUGUAAACCCUCCGUCAUCUUCACCGCUUUAUCUAUUUCCUCUAAACUUCCUCCAUCUUUCCAAUCCAAAACCAUUCUUAUUGACUCCCCUCAAUUCUUGUCCAUGAUCACCGGCGGGAAUGAGAAUUGGGGGAAAAAUUAUACCUCCGGAGUCGUCGUCAAUCAGAAUGACUCGGCGGCGAUUUUGUACUCAUCCGGAACAACCGGAAAAGUUAAGGGAGUGGAGGUGAGUCACCGGAAUUUAAUCGCGGUUGUCGCCGGUAUGUACUACAACAGAUACGUCCGAGAAGGCGAAGAAUCGACUCAUCCGGUUUCCUUAUUUCCGUUGCCGCUGUUUCACGUGUUCGGGUUUUUUAUGCUAAUUAGGGGGGCCGCCGCCGGGGAGACUCUGAUUCUGAUGAAGAGGUUCGAUUUCGUGGAUAUGCUCAAGGCGGUGGAGAAGUACAAGGUGACGUACAUGCCUGUUUCUCCGCCGCUCGUGGUGGCGAUGGCGAAGUCCGACCUGGUGGAUAAGUAUGACUUGAGUUCGCUUAAGCUUCUCGGUAGCGGUGGCGCGCCGCUGGGGAGGGAGGCCACGGAGAAGUUCUUGGCGCGGUUUCCACACAUGGAGAUUUUUCAGGGAUAUGGUAUGACUGAGACUGGGGGAGCAGCUACCAGGAUGUUAGGGGCUGACGAGGCAAAGCGAUUUGGCUCUGUUGGUCGCCUGACUGAGAAUAUCGAAGCAAAGAUUGUUGACCCUGAUACGAAAGAGGCUUUACCUCCUGGUCAGCGAGGGGAAUUAUGGCUGAGAGGGCCGAUAGUCAUGAAAGGGUAUGUUGGAGAUCCUCAAGCAACAGCUGAAACAAUGGACCCAGAGGGCUGGCUAAAGACUGGUGAUCUGUGUUAUUUCGACUCCGAUGGGUUUCUUUUCAUCGUAGAUAGGCUGAAGGAACUUAUAAAAUACAAAGCAUAUCAGGUUCCGCCAGCUGAGUUGGAGCAUUUACUUCAAGCUCAUCCUGAUGUAGCUGAUGUGGCAGUUAUUCCAUAUCCUGAUGAAGAAGCUGGACAGAUUCCUAUGGCUUACAUUGUGAGAAAACCAGGACGUUCUGUCACCGAGGCUCAAAUUAUGGAAUUCACUGCAAAACAGGUGUUCUAUAUUGUGAAGGAUCUAUUAUUUCUGAGAAACAAUAGGCUCAUGUGGAUUUUUUACAUGGUGUUCGAUUCCAACAGCCCUUUCUUCUCCAAAUGA